UUUUUCUCAUAAUUUGAAAGCUCGGUUAUCUUUUUAAAUGGAAUAUUCUCAAUAGAUAUGAUAAAAAAAGUAUUUCACUUGCCCCCUCAUACAAAUAUUCACAAAUCUAACUUAAAUUUUGAACCAACAUCAUGGGAAAAAUAUUUUGACCACAAAGAUGGGAUAUUAAUAGGAGAUAAUAAGUUUAAUGUAUAUACUAAAGGAAUUCUUGGCCCUGUCUUAUUUUUUAUACAUGGUGGGGGAUUUUCUGGACUAUCUUGGGCAUUAUUAGUAGAAGAUCUGAGCAAACUAAUUGACUGUAGAUAUAUAAGUAUGGAUCUCAGAGGCCAUGGUGAAACUCAAACCAUGGAUGACCUUGAUUUAUCUAUUGAAACACUUACAAAAGAUGUUUUGGGUGUACUGACUUAUCUAUUCUCAGCUACCAACACAAAUAUUAUCUUAGUCGGACAUAGCAUGGGUGGGGGUGUGGCUGCCCAUGUUGCUGAAGAGGGAGUGUCUCAAUCUAUUGAUUUUAUCAAAGGAAUAAUACUCGUAGAUGUUGUUGAAGGUACAGCCAUAGAUGCCUUAAGUGGAAUGCAAAGUUAUCUACGAUCACGACCCAAAAGCUUUGAUUCUGUCACUAAAGCCAUUGAAUGGAGCGUUAAAAAUGGCCAAAUCAAAAACGUCGAUUCUGCCAAAGUAUCUGUUCCCGGCGAACUCAAGAAAAUCAACUAUUCUUCGCCCGAAUACGCCGAAUUCUCAAAUUCUCAUAAGCAUUCCAAUCCAGCUGGUAAAUAUAGCAGUAUACCCGAAAAUUGUGAGCUUGACGAUGUUCACAUGUUUCCAGCGAUUCAAAAACCAACUGAAGAUUCUACCAAAUCUGUGUACGUUUGGAGAGCUCAGUUAGAUAAAUCGGGCAAAUUUUGGGAAGGUUGGUUCAAAGGGUUAUCCAAGAUGUUUAUCAAUUUACCUAUACCCAAAUUACUAAUUCUCGCAGGGGUCGAUCAUUUGGACAAAGAGUUAACCAUAGCGCAAAUGCAAGGUAAAUUUCAGAUGGUAAUACUUUCCAGAUGCGGUCAUUCCGUGCACGAGGAUUUACCAGACGAAGUAGCUGGAGUUGUUGCUAGCUUUUUAGCCAAACAUAAAAUGGUCGUUUUAGCUAAUCCUAACAUGGCUUCGAUCGAAUAUUAAACAAAAUUGAUCUCGAUCACCAUCCUCAAUCUAAGAAAAAAUCAUUAAUCCUGAUUCGAGCCGACUUGUUAACCCAAAUAACUGGAAUCAAUGACUUCACUCAAAUAAAUUGUACUAUGUAAAUUAGUUAUAAUUAUAACAGCACAACAUGAUCAUAUGUUAUUAUAGAAAUAUAGCGUAUAGUAUUUAUUAAGCAGUUUUUUUUAGUUGUAUCAAUAACUUUUUAUUGUGUCUAUUCGCAAUAUUUAUUUUUAAACAAAAUAUAUAUUUUUUUAAAUGUAAUAUGAUUAUUGUCAACUAAUUUAUAUGUUAGCAUCAACGUGUUUUUUCCGGCAAUGUGUUAUUUUUUCAACUAUAUAUCAUUUUUUAAGCGCGAUUUUAAAAAUUUAAAAAUCUAAUUUUACCAGAAAUGUAUGCCCUCGUGUUUGGAAUACCUACCCUAUCAAUUUCAGACAAUUUUUCCAUAAACUUUUGAACUUAAUAUAAUUUAUAUAAAAUUUUCCAUAUAUUUUUUAUAAAUGACUCAGUUAGCAGCAAAAUUGUCUACAAUUCAUAAGAUAGGUAUUCCAUGUUAUAUUUGAAUGUUAAUAUAUUUUUUAAAAGGUUACGCUAUUUGAAUUAUAUAACUUUCUUACAUUUAAUAUUAUCUUAUGGAGGUCAAUGUAUUCAU